AAGAACUAAACCAAGAUGUCUUCACUUCAACUUCUUUUGGAUCUUGCUGAAAACUUGGACAGCAUGUCCUCUCCAUACUACGGAAGCGAUUUUGGCCUCGGCCUCAAUCCACACAUCAUUCACCGUACACAACGUCCAAGUGUAUUCCGUUUACCGCUGGCUUUGGCAAACCGUAUGGAAGAUUGUCCUGCUAUGAUGCUUCGCUCAAAAGGUGCCAACAAGAACUCUGCUGUUUCAAAUGUUGGCAAAGAUGGAUUCCAAGUGUGCAUGGACGUGCAACAGUUCAAACCCAGUGAGCUUUCUGUGAAAGUGGUAGAUAAUACUGUUGUCGUCGAAGGCAAACACGAAGAACGCGAAGACGACCAUGGCUACAUCUCACGACAUUUCGUCCGGCGCUACGCACUUCCAAAGAACUACGAUUCCGACAAGGUGGUCUCGACUCUGUCAUCAGACGGUGUUUUGACUGUGAGCAUUCCAAAGCCAGCUAUCGAAGAUAAGUCAAAUGAAAAAGUUAUCCAAAUUCAACAAACAGGACCGGCUCACUUGAAUGUGAAGGAUAACCAACAGGAGAACCAAAAGCCUACUGCCAACCCUGAAAAGGCUCAAAAUGGAGAUAAGAAGUAAUCUCUCCACCGUGUGCUGAAAAAAAAGCCAUUUAAAUUUUUAGACUGAAGUUGCCGUUAUUUAUUACUAGUAUUACUUUUUGUUUAGUUUGUCCGUUCAAUAAAAAAUAUUUAAAAAAAAACAAAUAAUUUAAUUUGUUUUUAUUUUAAUUGGUUUAACUUUA